AUGCUUUCCAGCAGGGUUAUCGCAAGACAGUUGUUUAAAUCCGCAAUUGUUAAAGCGCCACAGUUGGCAGUCCCAGCUUGCUCCACAAUAUCUAAAUAUCACAGAACAUUGGAUCAAUCCUAUGCUUCAAGACUUUUUAUUAGAGGAUAUGCUACACAUGUUGAAGAUUACGAAAUUGACUAUAUAUCAUUAAAGAAAAAGACCAAAGAGAAGAAUGAAAACAACAAUGAAAAGUUGGAUAUUAACACACCAUUGCCUAACUUCGCCUUAAAACGGCCUGAGAAUGUCGGGUUUCCGUACCACCGACUCCACAAAUACGAUGAAUCAUUGAUGGAGGAAUUACUAGACUUUUACGACUGGGACUUCAAAAUCACCAACGAAGAAGGCUAUCCCAGAGGUCUUUCUUAUACGAAGUAUUAUUAUGUUGAGUUAAAAAUUUUUGAACAAUUUUUACAGGAUACUUUUAACUAUAGAAUCAAAAACUUUGCUGAUCUUUCUGGUCUGGAGAUUGUUAAUACAUUGUUCAUAUUUAAAGACUACUAUACUAGAGGCGAGAUUCCUGAAGUGACUAAAGAAAAAAAACCCAAAUAUGAUGAAAUGGUAAAAUUCUUUAUCGAAUUUGUCAACAAAGAUGCCCAAUUUCCACAAGAAGUUGUAAAGGAAUUCUUCCCAGAGGUGAAACGCGAACGGGAAAUUAGUAACUUUCUUGACCUUGGAUUGUAUUUUUAUGUUCCUGAAUUAAAGUCAUUGGAUCGUGAAUUCAAUUUUAAAAGAAUCAGAUCAAAAAAGGACUUGAUACUUCAGAUUGACAAAACAGUAAAAGAGUUUAAUCACUUUUUGGAAGGAAAUAAGCAAGCCGAUGAAUCCUUCUUUAAAGUCCUAAUCCAAGUUGAGCGUUAUAAAGCAUUACUUGACAAACUUGCCGAAUCAAUCACACCCUUGAAGGUGAUUAAGAAUAUUAUUGAAAGGCAUGAUUUUGGCCAGGCAAUGUCAGAAACUAUGUUUGAAGGUUUGGAGGAGAAAGAAGACAGACAGCAGAUAGAAAAAAUGGUGGCCGAAUUGGGUGUAUCGUGGAGUAUGCUUGAGUUUGGAAACCUCAUCCCCGCCACUGGCAAAUACAGCGAGUUAGCACCACGGCUAUACGAAAUUUCCACUACACCUAAUCACCCGUUUGAAGAUAAAUCCAAACACUUGUUGGAGGUUUUGACGACCGAUGAGUUGAGGUCUGGCAUGCUACUCUCUCGUCUCACUGAAUACAACUUCGAAACAGCAAAAUAUAAUUUCACUGGCAAUUUACAAGAAGAUUGGAUUUUGAAUGUCUUGCUUAAAUGGGAUUAUCCUUUAGAGGUGGCCUUAGCCGAAAAGUUUGAAGAUGAUUGGUAUGAUUUUAAUCACGAGGAUUGGGCAGCUUGUGAAGCUUAUUACUGUAUCGGCAGUAGUACUAUUAAAAAGCUAGCUCAGGUCCCAGAUAUUCUCGUAAAAUAUUUGCAAUUGAAAGGGGAUAGUUUUGCAAAAUGUUUACCUGAAGGAUCAUUGUUGUUGAACUUGAAAAAGGAACUUGCAGCUGCAAAAUUGGCAUUGGGCGUCGACUUCGCUUUCUUUGCAGAUACCCAGCACCUUAUCAAAGAUAUUAAAGAGAGAGUGACCUUACCUAGAAACACCCUCAAUGGGCUUGUCUCGGCGAUUGACGAGUCAUCAAGGUAUUUUGGAAACCAUUUAGAGGUUUUGGAUGAACUUGCAAAGGGAUCAGAACCGGAAGGACUUGUCGACAGACAUACAAGUGCAAAUUACAAACAAAUUCCAGAUUGGUUACGUUUUGAAAGACAUGUUGCCGAGAUUGAAUUCCUCAAAAGUUUGACAGGAGAUUUCGGUAACAAGUCGAAGGUUAUAUCUACUAUUGAGGAUGUCACAAAUCGAAUCUUGGAGGAUGGCACGUUGUAUCCUGAGAUAAAUCAUGGUAGUUUACUUAUUUUGAGGGCUAAAUUGAAGGAAUUUUCUGUAAACAACACAACUGAUUGUUUUGAGAUUUUGAACACUGUUCUUCUCAGUAAUGACGUAUUUGCUCAAUUUGAAAAGCGGGUGAAAGAGAACCAAACUGAUAAACCAGCACCGUACGUGCAAAUUCCAGACGAGUUGGAAUUGUCUGAUUUUGUUGGAGAGCUAACCAAACUUAAAGAUGCACUUGGUGGUACAUCAUUCAAAGAGCAUACGAGUGACAAAGUCUUGAAGGCAUUGGAUUACCAGAUUGAGAAUUUCUUUGAUGGUGACAGUGGCAAGGAUUCACUCAUUUCAAGUAACUCUGAUUCUUUUAGGUACAUCAGACUAAAGAGAAGAUUGGGUAGAUUGUUUGACAUCAAUGGACAGAAUACAGAAUCUUUGGAUAUCUUGCUCAACAGUCAAGCGGUUUUUGACUCUUUUGAGAAGGAGAAGCUAGACAAAGAAGUUGUUGCAGAAGAGACUCCAAAGUACAGGCAGGUACCUAAUGAUUUCAUUUUGGAAGAAUAUGUGCUUGAAUUGAAACAGUUGAAAGACUCGUUACACAUUGCAAAGUUUGCAGACGUGUAUGCAGAUGAGGUUUUGGCCAAGAUUGAAGAGUUUUCAAAAGCCAGUUACUCGACCACUGACAAGAAAUUGAUUUGGCACAAGUUGUAUCGAAACUUGGCCUUACUAUUCAAACACAAUCACGGUUCUACCUUUAUCUUAGAUAACGUUUUGACCAGUGCUGCCGAAUUAGAGAAAUUGAACAAAUCGGCGACAAAACCAAAGGAUCCUGUUGGAGACCAAAUUGAAUUUUUGAAGCGCGAGGAGUAUGACGUGUUAGGUGCAUUCUUGACUGCAUCCAGAUUAUUGUACAAAUCGGAUGUGACAAAAGUGUCCAAGGAAGAGUUCAGUUCGUUGGUGGAUAUGUACAUUGCUACAUUGGAUGCAACAUCAUUAGGAUAUUUGUUCAAAAAAGCUGUACUUGACUCGAUGAAGGAAUACAAUGCCACGAUUGAGCAUUAUCCUGCAUUUAUUGUUUGUCUUUAUGGAAUGAGCAAGAACUUGGCUGGUGAACCAAUUACCAAACAAAGGUUGCAAGAGUUUUAUGCAGACUUGGCAAGAAGCAUCACUGAGGAGACGAAUGCUAACAGCAAAGAGAGAUUGGAUCCUAUGGAAGCCGUUUCGUCAAUGAAGUUUCCAGACGAUAAGAGUAGAGAUUUUGCUAACGAAUCGACAGCGGAAGUUGAAUAUGAAUACGACAUUCGAGAACAUGACCCAUUGCAAGACAGGUCAAGCACUAGCGAGGGAGUAAGUUCACACGGUGUAAAGUACCAAAACUCAGAGCAAUACAUAGCAGAUUUGGACAACCAAAGAGGAGGUGUGGCCAAAGAUGAUUCAUUUGAGGACGCAAUUAGAGCUGCAUUUGUAUCUGCCUUGCAAAAUGAUGAGACACUAAAGGCUGGAACUCAACUGAGUAAAGCCAAGAAGCCACAGAGGAGACUGAAUGAGAGAAUUUCUGCAACCGCAGCAAAUAUCAACGCAAUAGACCCUGUUAAGUUAGAGGAAUAUCUCACUAUGGUGAAUAAAGAUGAGUUGUCAAAACAAAGACAAGCAGAAGCAUAUAAAUGGAGCAAGGCCAAAUACGAUCAAUCUUUGGCUACUUCAUCCAAAAAGUACUUACUUUUGAGCCUAGUUGGUGAUGAGGUACCUGUAUCAGCAAACUUGAUUCGUGAUGAUUUGUCCCACGAAUUGGACAUUUUUGAAAUUUUAAACAAGUUUAGUGACGCAGAGCUUGCGCUCAUUUAUGACAGGUUGCAGAUUUUGCAAAAUGAAAGUUACAAAGUGGUUGGUUAUAAACUGGACGCUAAACGGAAAUACUUGAUUUUGGAGAAUGAAGGAGGAGAAAAACAAUCUAGAGGAGCUUCUGGUAAAUCUUCUCGGGGAAAGCGAGUGGCUACAACUGCUGCUGCUGCGAUGCUUGCGUAUCUUGCCUUAAGCUUUGCUUCAAAUGAACCAUCAAAGGGAGCUUCUGAUGUGGGAGCUAGAGAGCGUCCAGGUGGUACAGUGGAGGGACUUUCAUCCCCUGUGACCGGCGAAUCUAACGAGUUGGGGGAAACUCAGGUGAAUAAAGUCCCUGUUGUUGCACGUUAUCCUGACUUGACUGGACAGGAAGAACAUGUGAAGGACACAAAGAGGCUAGGAUUUAAGAACAUCUUAUGGAACACUAAAUGA